AUGGCUAUGGUUAUAGGGGAUGUUGAGAUUGAAGGAGAGACUAUUACCGCGCUCUUCGACACAGGAGCCGAAUUAUCGCUAGUCACUAUAUCUACAUUAGAGAGGCUUGGUAUGGAUGGUGCUAUCGAUACUACGGUUACCCCUCCCAUUGUCGUGGCAGAUGGUGGUAAGUUGAGGAUAUAUGGUGCGGUUAUGUUACGUAUUACUACACCUGAUAUUUCUAUUAAGGAUCAGUUUAUAGUCACUGAUGACUGUUUAACUGUCCCGCUGUUACUAGGAUGUCCAACAUUGGCAAAAUUGAAGACAUCUAUUCACGUCACCUCUGAAGGAACUUAUAUCCAGACCAACGUGGGACCUGUGGAUCCUAUUAAAGUUAAAGGGAAGGUGAAGUUCUCCGAUAAGGUUGAUUAUUUCCCUGAAGAAAUAUUUCAAGGGUCUAUAUUAUAA